UCCACUUGUUACGUUUACCGUAUCACGCCUGGAUCCCCAUAAGCUGAAGAAUGUGUUCAGUACUGCCCCUCUUAGGCGAAAAAUGGCCCGGCGUAGCGAACAGCUCUGAGCAUAGAUUCCCUUGAAACGACUGGCCACGCCUUAAGGCUUGAAGCUUGACUAUUACUGUUCAACGAAGUUGCACUUGGUUCAAGUCCUGCAGCCUGCCAGCGCUUCCCUAGGCAAACCAAAAUUUUCGGAGAGGACAAGGAAAUCCUUUUUAUAUGCCCGUGCCAUUCGAGUUAUGUAGCGCCAUAACACUCGGGCCCCGAGUACUUGCUUGCGAUGUGAGGAUAUCCGGGUCUGAUACUGGAAUGUCCCCUGCUUCGCGUAGGAUGAUCGAGGGGCAUUUGGCGCUUGCCAUGAUGCGUGGGCACCCAGCCCUUCGUCAUAUCGAAAUCAUUUUGAGAUGGUCAUCUACAGUUGUGGAACUAACUCAAGGCCUGCCUAGAUUCACAGAUGUAAGUACUCGACCAAUUCCAAGUCUCAGGGCUAGGUCGUGGCAUACAGGAAGAUGCCACGGCAUUGGCGCUCAUGGUAACCUGUGCAACAUGCAGUGUGAAGUAUUAUUACCUUGUUGUUGGCAUCUUUCCCCUGACCUUGUCCUUCUGUCGUCCUAUACUGCCCCCUCUACCUUCCCUGUCCCCAUAAUCUACCAGGUUUCGUGUCUUUUUCGCUCAGCGCCGACAAGAAAGAUUGAACAGCUCUCACGCGAAGCCAAAAAUUCCCGUCAUAUGAUUCACAUCUAGUGCGCAAGCUGAUAGGCCAUUUUGUCUUCAAGUGCUCGCCUAAUCCGAACGCUUUUGUCGACUCAUCUCCCUUGGCUCUACGUAGUCCAGAGGAAUGGCUGCAAGCAUCCAAACCACACGAACUGUGGCUUCGGAGCGUUCUAUUGCACCUGCACACGCAGAUUCACGACAAAGCUUAGCGCUUGACGGAACCCUGGGAUCACCGUCCUCCCCCAGCAUCAUAU